AUGAGUGGACCAAUAUUCGGUAGCAGCAGUGCGCUGGGUGGAAGUUCUGGUGGGAACCGACAUCUGGUCGAAUUUCGCGCUGGCCGUAUGAACAUGGUAAACAAGAUGGUUCAUGCGGACAAUCGUAAGGGAUUGGUGUACGUGUACCAGGCGGAAGAUGGGUUAAUUCACUUUUGCUGGAAGGAUCGUACUUCCGGGACGCUCGAGGAUGAUCUUAUUCUGUUCCCGGACGAUUGCGAGUUCAAGAAGCUCGAUUACGUAAAGAAUGGUCGCGUGUACGUGCUGAAGUUCAAGUCAUCCAGCAGGAGGUUGUUUUUCUGGAUGCAGGAACCGAAAACAGAUCGGGACGAUGAGUGGUGCCGUCGAAUCAACGAAGUGAUCAAUAAUCCACCGUCGGGCAAUAGCAUCGGGUCCGGGGGUAGAAGCAGUGGCACUGAUAAUGGUGACCUGCAAUACAUGUUAAACAACAUGUCGCAACAGCAAAUAAUGCAGCUGUUCGGUGGUGUAGGGCAGAUGGGUGGAUUGAGCAGCCUGCUAGGGUCUAUGACCCGUUCAAAUUCUGGCAAUUCAAGCAGUCGUACCAGUGCAGCGACUCCAUCGAAUCGAACCUUGUCUAGCAGCAACAAUGGCAAUGGUAGCAGCACUACGACUCCAACAGCAGCAUUGAACGCACCAUCGACACCUCGCGCACCGAAGAAAACGAGCGGAACUACGAAACCCACCAGCGGAUCCGGAAGUGCUACUUCAUCUCCUAUGAGCACACCCGUGGUACGAACGGCUGGCAACACCAGCAACAACGCUGCCGCUGAAGGAGGGUCCAGAAUUUUGCUCUCAGACCUGCAGAACUAUCUGUCCGGUAUUAGUGCAACCGGCGUAGAUGGAUCCGGUUCGAGGCAGAACAUCGAUUUAGCUUCCGCCGUUAAUUCACAAACGCUAGCCUCGAUUAUCUCCGACCAAGACAAAGUGGAUGCGCUGGUCGCACACCUACCUCAGCUGGAAGGUGAUGAGAACAAGAAGGAACAGCUGAAAGAAACCAUCUCCUCCCCCCAAUUCCAGCAGGCGCUUUCCAUGUUCUCUAACGCGCUGCAGUCGGGCCAGCUCGGUCCGGUCGUUUCGCAGUUUCAACUCAACGCUGAAGCUGUCGCUGCAGCAAACUCCGGAGACUUGGAGCAAUUUGUAAAGGCACUGGAAAAUAGCGAAAAAUCACCCGCUGAUACAGCAGCUGCAACGAGCAAGCAAUCGACGGGUUCUGCUACUGCUGCUGCCACUACUACCGAACAGCCGAAAUCAUCGGAAGUCAGCAAGGAGGAGAACGGUCAUGGUAAAGCGCAAAAGAAAGAUCAGGAUGAUGAAAUGGCCGGAUAG